CAACAAGCACUGGGAAACCCCGUAGCGAGCGGGUUUUGCAAGCAAAGUUGGGUGGAGGAGGAGGAGGAGCUAAACUAGGUGGCCGCGUAUAUAAGGAAGAUCACAGCUCUCCCAGGCACACGAACAUCCUUCGCUUACAACAUGAAGGGUCUCGGUCUUGCUCUGUGCUGUGUCCUAGCGGUAGCGUCAGUCGACGGCCAGCGAAGUCAACGAGGUCAGGGAGAUAAGAGAUUCCUUCAUGGAGGAGUUUCCGGAGGCUUUCCUGGCGGUUUUCCCGGAGGAAGCCCUGGCGGUUUCCCCGGAGGGCAUCCUGGCGGCUUCCCCGGAGGGCAUCCUGGCGGUUUCCCUGGUGGUUUCCCUGGCGGUUUCCCUAGCGCCACAGCCCCACCCGCCACCUGUAGGCGCUGGUGCCGAACUCCGGAGCAGCAAGUUUACUGUUGCGAAACGGCGUUUGAACCUGAGGCCCCCGUGGGCACCAAGCCACUUGACUGUCCUCUAGUCCGACCCACCUGCCCACCGGUACGUUUUCUUCAACAACAGGGACCAGUACCUUGCUCCAGUGACUUCAAGUGCGGCGGCCUUGACAAGUGCUGCUUCGACAGGUGUCUCAAAGAACACGUGUGCAAGCCGCCUUCUUUCUAUAACCAAUUCGGCUGAAAAGAAAAAUUCAACAUGCUUAUUGAUUCAUGUAGUGUCCAUGAUUAAUAAAUAAUUUCUAAAAUCUUGA